AUGAGAGUUUAAGCUAAUUCAUUUAGAUUGCCAGCAUUAAAAUUAUAACCGAAAGACUCUUAUUAAUGUCUCAGUUAUGGUGAUAAUAAUCUUUCAAAUUCUUCAAUGAUUAAAUAUUAAAGCAGUCCCCUAAGAAAUUAUGAUCCAUCUCCAAUUAAAAAGAGAGUUCGAGGAAUGACAAUAGCUAUAUAUAAUAGUUAAGAAAAGCUUAAAACAGCUGAUUAUCGAAAUGGAGGAGAAUUCAUUACUUAAAUCUAAUAAACAAAUUAAGGUACAUCAGUUGUCAAUACUUUUCGACGAUAUAGAAGUAAAUUAAAGUAAUUAAUGUAACCUUCUAAAGAUUAUGGAGUCAAUUCAAGAGACCCUCGUUUAUAUUAAUUUAAAGAUACAAGUGCUACUAUUAGACUUGAUCGAUUGAAUAAUGAUAGAAAAGAUCAAUAAAUUUAAGAAAAAGUUAAAAAUUUAAUGGGAAGAGUAAAAUUACUAUUUUCCACUUAAUAAUUCUAUCAAGAACCCUUUUAAUAGUGUACCUUUUAAGUUAAACUUGUAAAACUAAAAGAUGAAUAUGAUUGCUUAUAUUAGGAUUUCAAUGAUUAUUAUAUAUAAAAUAACAAAUUGGAUAAGUAAGUUCUAUAGCUUCUAAACCAUAUGGAAAUAAUAAAAACUUUAUUAAUACCUAAAUAGCCUAUUAAAAUUAAAAAAUAUUAAUAACCAGAAAUAAUUUAACCAGAAUAUUAAUUUCCUAUUGUUGAAGCUUAAGAGAUUAUUGAGGAAACACCUUAAUUAUCUUUAAUCGUUGAACAUCAAGUAUUUUCACCCAAAGAACCAAAUUAGUAAUCAAUACAUGAGCUCAGAGAAUCUAGUAUAUUUACUCCUUUAACUUCUAAAUAGUAUAAUAAUGAUCAAUCUAUUAGUGAUUUUGAAAAUGAUCAAUCAAAUAAAAUAAAUAUACCAAAAAAAAAGAAAUUAAAAAUUAAAAACAGUCCCUAAAAAUCUUAAAAGACUAUAAUUUUAUAAUAAUCUAAAUUAGAUCUUAAUGCCCCAGAAGAUUUAAAUUUAUAAUCUCAAUAGAUAUUAUCUCAACCUAAAAUAACUUAAAUAUUAACUCCAUAAAAUAAUUAGGGUUAAUUUAUAAAUAAUAAUGAUAUUUAAGAAACUACAUUAAAUUAACCAGAAGAUAAUCCUAACUUAAUCGAAAAACCUACACUUAAAAGAGCAAUCAGUAAUUUAGGAUCUACAAGUAAAAGAAGAAAUACAGUAUUGGAAAAUAAGGAGGCAUUAAAAAAAUAAAAGAAAGAAGGAAUAAUUUCAGAGUAGGAUGAUAGUUAUUAUGAAGAAGAUGAAUAAUAAAAUUAAUUAAAAGAGGAUUAGACUGAUUUGAAUGAUGAUGAUCAAUAAUAAUUAAAUAAGGAAAUUAAUUUAGAUUUAACUUUAAUAGAUAUGCUAAUUGCAUCAUAAAAUAUCUAUAAAUAUCCAUUCUAUUAAGAUUGGGAAUUUCAUAUUGUUGAAAUCAUCAAGGGAAAUACAUUUAAUCAAUAUGAUUUAUGA